ACGGCAACGCGCGCGACCUUUCGCGACACCCGGCGGAAGGAGCGGCGGCCAUGGACGUGGGGGAGCUGCUCAGCUACCAGCCGAACAGGGGGACCAAGCGGACCCGCGAUGACGACGACGAGGAGCCGAAGACGCGGCACAAGCCAGGUGGCUAUCGGGAGCGUGGCCGUUACCGGGACGAAGACCCUCCGGUGGCCGAGGAGUCCGAAGACGACAAGAAGAAGCUGCUCCACAUUUUUGAAAAGGGCGAGGAGGAGGAUGAAGAGGAGGAACCUCUGGACGAAAGCUCCGUCAAGAAGAUGAUCCUCACCUUUGAGAAGAGGUCCUACAAGAACCAGGAGCUCCGGAUCAAAUUCCCAGACAACCCAGAGAAAAGCAAGCUUGUCAUCCGGUCAGCAUUUUACACCGGCGAUGAAUUUGUAGCGACAAGGAAGACGGAGCAAAAACGCCAUAAAUUAACCUCUGGGAAAAGCGAGGCGAGCAUCUCUCUUCCGGAAGGCAGGAGAGAGCACGUCUGCUCCAUCCUGGCCUCCCUCCUGAGGAACCUGCGGAGUCAGCAGAGGACACGACUGCUCAACAAAUUCACGGAGAACGACAGCGAGAAGGUGGACAGGCUGAUGGAGCUCUAUUUCAAAUACCUGGAUGCCAUGCAGGUAGCCGAUAAGAAGAUUGAAGGUGAAAAGCAUGACAUGGUGCGCCGCGGGGAGAUCAUCGACGACGACACCGAAGAGGAGUUCUACCUGCGGCGCCUGGACGCCGGUCUCUUUGUGCUCCAGCUCAUCUGCUACAUCAUGGCGGAGAUCAGCAAUGCCGGCAUCCCUCAGAUCCGCCAGAGGGUGCACCAGAUCCUGAACAUGCGGGGCAGCUCCAUCAAGAUCGUCCGGCACAUCAUCAAAGAGUAUGCGGAGAACAUCGGAGAUGGGAAGAACCCCGAAUUCCAGGAGAGUGAGCAAAAACGGAUCGUGGAACUCCUGGAGAACUUCUGAGGAACCCUUGACGGCUUCUAGGACCUUCUGCAACUUGGGGUCCAAGAGAGACUUUUGGGAGAAACGGGACCUUCUCAAGUUUUUUGAGGGGGGUUAUUUUGAAUUAUUAAAGAUUUGGUUUGAUUUGUA